CUCUCUCAUGUCUCCUUGACUUGUCCGUCACUGCGUUGGAUAGGAAAUUACCGUAAAUGUCCUCACCGGAUCGUGCCAUCUUCAACCUCUUGACCGACAUCGCUUUAUCCUUUGACGGAGCCUUCCUCGGAGUAACCCUAGCUUAUGGCGCCAUUCGCUCUGCUUUCAAGUAUGCCUCUAGCUCCGCCGCGUUGAGUAAGAUCAAAGACGCCCCGGAAGUCUCCGUUUCCGACCGCCGAUCACUGAUUCCGGCGUCUGAAGACCAAUCUGAGAAUCGAGAUCACGGGAAUAGCCAUGAUCAGCGUAUCGUUGUGGUUCGCGGAACCGUCAGACCUAAGUUUACCGGUGAUGGGAGUCACAAGGACAACGUGCUUAUCUCUCAGGAGACUGGCGAUAAAGCUCUUAUUAUUCAGAGAACUCAGACUUAUACGUAUAGUGGAUGGAAGACUUUGUUUCAGUUGUCAAAUACUCACCGGUUUCUUUUUGAAAGAUCUAUGAUGCCUAAACAAGAAACUGCGUUAACGAGAAUGGUCCCGUUUGUUAUUGUGGAAAAAAAUCAACGAUCGCAGUCUAGUUUUCUACUUGUUAACAUGGAUGGCGCAAGGCAACCUCUUCCUCUUACCACUGUGUAUAAUCGCUUGCAGCCUAUUAAUUCAACUCCCUUUGCCUUUCUUCAAGUCUUGUUCUUCCCUGAGUAUCCUGUUGGCCUGCUUGAUGUAGAGAAUAUCUUACCACCUGGGAGAGAUUUAACAGCAGUUGGCGUCUGUAGUCUCAAUAAUGGAGUUCCUGAAAUCAAGUCGUGCCAAGAUCUUCCCUUUUUCUUGUCAGAGAUGACUAAGGACAAGAUGAUACUGGACCUUAUGCACACUACCAGAGUAACAUUCUGGGCCGGUGUUGUCAUGGGCUGUUUGUCUGCUGGCAUCCUUGGCUUAGUUGCUGUCAGGACAUGGAAGAGAUGGAAACUACGGUAUCAUCAAAGAGAGCCGCUGCAGAGACCAGACGAACCCGUGGUCGAUGACGAGACAGAAGAUGCAGAUGAGAUUCCAGAUGGACAAUUGUGUGUGAUCUGCGUGACAAGAAGGAGGAUCCCUGCAUUUAUUCCCUGUGGACAUGUAGUAUGUUGCAGACAGUGUGCCUUAACCGUGGAACGAGCGUUAAACCCCAAGUGUCCGGUUUGCCUCCAGAGCAUUAGAGGAUCUAUGCGUGUAUAUUACUCUUGAUGAAUCCUAAUCUUCUCUCAUUUUGUGUAUUUGAUAGGGUAAUGCUUAUUUUGUAAUGUAAGAGAAUUGGUAAUGUAAUAUAACAAAAUAGUUUGACAAUGAAUUGAAAGUUUUUGAUAUUG